UUCUUAUGGCUAUUGUCAUAUCUUGUCUAUGUCAGUCUUUUGCUUAUGAGGAAGAUGAUGCCGAUGAAGAUGAAGAAGAUCCUCGUCUCCAAGCUGAUGAAGAAUACUUACACGAUAUUAAAAGCAAGACAAGAAGAAAUAUAUCUUAUAAACCAAUGGAUUUCAAUGCUUUAGAAGAAGCUAGGAAGGAACGAGAAAAGGAGGUGAAAAUGUACAGCGUACUCAAAGAAAUAGUGGCUUACAUUUUAUUUUUUUGGGUUAUUAUGAUUCUGAGUUAUGGAAACAGGGACCCCAAUAAUUUCUAUUUAAGAGAAGCUUUGGUGAAUGGAUUCAUUAAGCCUGGAGACUUAUAUCUUGAAUUUAAUAAUGUGAAUACUGAAAAACGUUUUUGGAAUUGGACACACAAUGCUUUGAUACCUGAAUUGUUUGCCCAAAAGUGGUACAAUGGAAGAGAUCCCUUAGGCCUAAGGCUGUACUUGGAUGAUAGAAACAAUAUGAAGAUUGGUUAUGCUGUCCUCAGACAAGUUAGAAUACAGCCAAAGAGUUGUGAUGUGUCUUUUGUAAUGGAAACAGUCACUCCCGAAUGUGCAGGCUACGGAAAAGUUGCUUUUGAAGAUGGUACUUUGUACACCACAAACUGGAUUAAAGUUAACUCCACUGAAACACCUGUCCCGAACGAGUACAAAUACUUGACAGCCGCUCAGCUCAAAGGGUAUCCGUUCUGGGGGCAACUUGACUGGUACGGUGGCGGAGGGUAUGUUGUGGCACUUGUUACUCGCAAAAGAAGCAAUAGCGAUCUCCCACAGUUACAAGAAAAACUGAAAAAACUGGAGAAAGAGGGCUGGGUUGACAGGCAUACUAGAGCAGUUUUUGUUGAAUUCGGUAUUUACAAUGCUCAGGUUAAUUUAUUUUGUUCUGUGACUAUUGUUGCAGAGUUUCUACCAGGAGGUGGCGUGAUCCCUUAUUAUCAAAUAUCUCCCAUUCGACUGUUGAAUUACCACUCGGGGUUUGGUAUGAUUCAGUUAUCGGCGGAGAUCAUCUUUGUUAUCUGCACGAUUUUUUUCACCGUCAAAGAGGUGGCGAGUUUGAGUCGAGAGGGCUUGGCGUACUUCCACCAGUAUUGGAACGUAGUGGAGGUUAUAAGCAUUGUCGUGUCUUACACGGGAAUAGCGAAUCAUGUCUAUAAGAUAUUCGUAACAGCUGGGAUAAUUAGAAUUUUCACGGAAACGGAAGGGAGCGGAUACGUCAAACUUCAGGAAGCGGUACUUCUUGAUGAGCUGUAUUCCUACCAAAUUGGAAUCGUAAUGUCUAUCUCUACUCUCAAGUUCCUGAAGCUGUUGCGGUUUAACAAGCGCAUAGGCAUACUUAGUGGAACGUUGCGAGAAUGCGCCAAAGAGUUGCAAAGCUACUCUGUUUGUUUGAUGGUGGUGUUCUUCGCUUUUGUGGCUCUCUUUUGGCUUCUUCUUGGCAGGUAUAUCCGAGAGUUUUCUACCCUUAUCUAUGCUCUCGAAUCAACCAUUAGUUUGAUGUUGAAGAAAUUUGACUAUGAAGAAAUGUAUGCUGCCCAACCGAUUUUGACUCCUAUAGCAUUUUUUGCCUUUUCUUUGGCUACCUCCGUUGUUCUAAUAAACAUAAUGUUGAGUAUCAUCAUCCAGUCUUUUGAACGCGCCAAGCACGAUGUUGCUAAUCAAGGCAAUGAGUAUGAAAUCUUGGAUUUUUUCAUCGGGAAAGUAAAAUCUUGGGUGGGAGCUGGAAAUGCUAAAGUGAAACCAGCGCCUCAGAUGUAUCAGGAUAAAAAGAUAGCACCAGAUACAGUUGCAGCGUUUCCCGCCAAAGUGGAUAGACUUGUGGAAUUCAUCAAUGAUUUCUAUUUUGACGGACAUAUGGAUUUUAAUAGUAAAGAUCUGCUGAAAAAAGUUAACGUUAGAGAUGACUCUGCAAAAGAAGGAAGCAAGAAGUCUCGACCGACUAAAAUAACUAACAGCAAAAUUCCUCGUCAUAUUUCGAAAGAGCUUUAUGAUUUUUAAAUGCAUUUUCUCCCUUUUUUAAUUAUUAAAACUAUUGUGCUUGAAAUAUUUAA